AUGGCGAAAAUGUUAUCUGCCCAAGAGGCUGCUAAGAUCUACCACACAAACUACGUGAGGAACGCGCGGGCCGUCGGCGUCCUGUGGACCAUCUUCACCAUCUGCUUCGCCAUCAUCGGUAUGGUGGUCUUCAUCCAGCCCUACUGGAUCGGAGACAGCGUGGACACCCCCCAGUCUGGAUACUUUGGCCUGUUCCACUACUGCAUUGGGAAUCCCAUCACUGGAGAACUGGUCUGUAAAGGCAGUGCUCUGGAUUUCGGAUCCAUCCCUUCGGGCGCCUUCAAAACUGCCAUGUUCUUCGUUGGCAUCUCUUUGCUGCUGAUCGUGGGCACUAUUGUCUGCUUCAGUCUGUUCUUCUUCUGCAACUCAGGCAGUGUGUAUAAGAUCUGUGCGUGGAUGCAGUUGGCAGCUGCGACGUGCAUGGUCAUCGGCUGUAUGAUCUAUCCAGACGGCUGGGACUCAGAGGAGGUGAAGCGGAUGUGUGGUCAGCGGACAGACAAAUACACGCUGGGCAACUGUACGGUGCGCUGGGCUUACAUCCUAGCCAUCAUCAGCAUCAUGGACUCCCUCACGUUAUCCUUCCUGGCUUUUGUACUAGGCAACCGGCAGGACAAACUGCUGCCAGAGGACUUCCAGGUGGAGGAGAAGAAAGGUAGGGAUAGGAAGCAUGAAGAUCCCUGCACAUCAUCAGACUCGAUGGACUCUGCAUCCACUUUCUGGAGAUCUCUGCAACAAACCUUUUAA